AAAACAGCGGAAAGUCGCUUGUUCUUCACAUCAGCUCCCGAAGGCAAGAUCUCUCUGCGUUUUGGUCAAGAAGCGAAGAUGGUCAACGGCAAACUCGCUCUGGCGGCGGCGGUGCUGGGGGCGCUGCAGCUCAGCCUCUGCCUCGCGGCGCCCGGCCCCUGGAAGGCGCCCGUGGUGCACUCUGUGGGUGUCGUCCCGGCUGUGCAUUCAGUGGGCGUCGUCCCGGCUGUGCACGCUGUAGGCGUCGCGCCGGCUGUGCACGCCGUGGGCGUCGUAGCCGCCCCUGUGGCUAGACCCGUGGGCGUGGCUUACGUGGGCGAUCUCUCGGCUCACAAGGUGUGGUGAUCCGGAAGGCCUCCCGACGGCGGACGCGGCGCCACCCUUCCCUCCGCAGGAAGCCGACGCCGCGGCAAAGACACCCACGCUCUGCAACUCUGCUUUCCUCUCGGCUACAGAACUCAAUAAAAAUGCAUCAAACUCUAAA